CUGAACAACGAUUCCGCGUUACGAGCAAAAUGGAUUAAGCAAAUUCAAAAGCACCAAACAUUUGACAGCGUUCCCAUCACAUAUUCAGUGUGUGCUGAUCAUUUUGACUCCAAUUACAUCCAGCAAAGUGGAAAUCGGAAGAUUCUCAAAAAAGGUUCAUUGCCAAUAUAUUUUCCGGAUGCCGAUGGACACAUCAAUGUGUUUUUGCCGAACGAUGAAGAUGAAAUGCAACAAUUGGCCACACCCGAACAAGCUGUUGAUGUUGAACCACCAGUUAAUGAUGCAGAAUUGAAUUCAACGACAACAACAAACAAUCCCGAAGUACAGGAACAGAAAGAAAAUACAAUUCCGAAUGGCGAUAAGAAGUUUGAAAUCUCAGCAUUGGAGUACAAUCGUUACCUUCAAUUGGAAAUUCAAUUGCAAAAGUACAAAGGAUUGUGUGAGAAAAAAGCCAAAGAGAUCAAGCAUUUACAAGACCAAGUUGCCCGUUUGAAGCGUAAGGAGUUGAAACGGUUUGCUGUUUAG